AUGCUCCUCCCGUCUGUCCUUCUUGACUCGAGAAAAGGGUAUAAGCACGGUCGGGGAUACGUGCGGAGGAUUUAGUCAUACCUGGAGUUCUCUUUUAAAGACUUAAGUUACGUUCAUUUCAUUAUUACAGUGAGAUGCCCGUUAUUUUGGAACCGAAAGGACAGAUACUAUAACGUUAAAUACUCAAAGCGGACUUUUCUUCUCACCCAAGAAUAGGUAACCUUAGUCUGUUAUAAAGUGGAUAUAGCGAGCGGUCGCUACCGGUGUUUCCAUCUUAAAGAACAAAAAUAUACAGACUGGUUUGGAAGCAGUAAAGCCCUCGUAACAAUAGGUGCUACCUAUGUUGCUUUGAAAGUGAAAACAACGGACUGUUUUUUGCUGAUCGAGUUUUAAGAUGGAUUUGAAGCUGCUUUUGAUAUCAACAUUAUCAUUACUCAUCUGUCACGGCCAUGCCCAGCAAGAGGGGAGUUACUGCAUCAAAGCCAACGCAAAGUCCUGUGGAGAAUGCAUUCAGGUGGGGGAGAAAUGUGGAUGGUGCACGGAUCCCGAUUUCCUGAAGCAGGGGGAGCCCACAUCGGCACGCUGUGAUGAGCUUGAGUCGCUGCGGAAGAAGGGCUGUAAUGUGGUGGACAUCGAGAAUCCCCGCGGCAGCUUGACAAUAAACAGAGACAAACCAGUCACCGACCGAAAGGACACAUCAGAGAAGGUCAAACCCGAGGACAUCACUCAGAUCCAGCCCCAGAAGAUCACCCUCAACCUCCGAUCUGGUGAGGCUCAGGCCUUUAACCUGAAGUUCAAGAGGGCAGAGGACUACCCCAUUGACCUGUACUACCUCAUGGACCUCUCCUACUCCAUGAAGGACGAUCUGGAGAAUGUUAAAAACCUGGGAACGGAUCUGAUGCGAGAGAUGAAAAAGAUCACGUCCGAUUUCAGGAUAGGCUUCGGGUCGUUUGUGGAGAAGACGGUCAUGCCCUACAUCAGCACCACCCCGGCCAAGCUGCUCAACCCCUGCACCAGCGACCAGAACUGCACCAGCCCCUUCAGCUACAAGAACGUGCUGAAGCUCACCAGCGAUGGGCAGCAGUUCAACCGGCUGGUCAGCCAGCAGCAGAUCUCCGGGAACCUGGACUCCCCCGAGGGCGGUUUUGACGCCAUUAUGCAAGUGGCCGUGUGUGGGAAUCACAUUGGCUGGAGAAAUGUGACCCGCCUCCUGGUUUUCUCAACCGAUGCUGGCUUCCACUUCGCUGGAGACGGCAAACUAGGGGGGAUCGUGCUGCCCAACGAUGGGAAGUGUCAUUUGGAGAACAACAUGUACACCAUGAGUCACUACUACGACUACCCUUCAAUCGCCCAUCUGGUUCAGAAACUGAGUGACAACAACAUUCAGACAAUCUUUGCAGUCACCAACGAUUUCCAGGCCGUUUACAAGGAACUGAAGAAUCUGAUCCCCAAGUCUGCAGUGGGGACCCUUUCCUCAAACUCCAGCAAUGUGAUUAACCUGAUCAUUGAAGCAUACAAUUCUCUGUCGUCAGAGGUGAUCCUGGAGAACAGCAAGCUUCCAGAGGGGGUGUCCAUGACGUACCAGUCCCACUGCAAGAACGGCGUGAUCGGAGAGGGGGAAAACGGCAGGAAGUGUUCCAACAUCUCCAUCGGAGAUGAGGUGUCCUUCCACAUCAGCAUCAAGGCGAACAAGUGUCCGGAGCACGGAAAGGCCAAGGUCAUCAAAAUCAAGCCGCAGGGCUUCACGGAGGAGGUGGAGCUGGUCCUCCGGUUCAUCUGCGAGUGCGAGUGCCACAGCAAGGGCGUGCCCAACAGCGAGCGCUGCAACGGCGGGAACGGCACCUUCGAGUGUGGGGCCUGCAGGUGUAACGAAGGGCGCAUUGGCAGAGAGUGUGAGUGCAGCACUGAGGAUGUCAACAGCGAUGACUUGGAUGCCAACUGUCGUCGUGACAACGGCACGGACAUCUGCAGCAACAACGGCCACUGUAUCUGUGGGGCGUGUGAGUGCAAUAAGAGGGAGAACCCAGAUGAGCGCUACAGUGGGAAGUUCUGCGAGUGUGACGACUUCAACUGUGACCGCUCUGGCAACAAGCUGUGUGGAGGUCAUGGCCGUUGUGAAUGCCGUGUUUGCAUUUGCGACGCAAACUACACGGGCAGUGCCUGCGACUGCUCCCUGGACACCUCCACCUGCCUGGCCUCCAACAAGCAGAUCUGCAACGGGCGGGGCAACUGCGAAUGCGGCACCUGCAAGUGCACCGACCCCAAGUUCCAGGGCCCCACCUGCGAAAUCUGCCCCACCUGCCCCAGCGUCUGCACCCAGCACAAGGAAUGUGUGGAGUGCCGGGCCUUUGGGACGGGUGAGAAGAAAGACAUCUGCGAACAGGAGUGCAGUGACUUCAAGCUGGUCAAGGUUUCGGACCAGGACAAACUGCCCCAGCCCGUGCAGAGCUUCCCCGUGGUGCACUGUAAGGAGCGGGAUGCCAACGACUGCUGGUUCUACUACACCUACGCAGUCAAGAACAACACAGAGAAGGAAGUCCAUGUGGCAGAAAAGAUUGACUGCCCGGCAGGCCCUGACAUCAUCCCCAUUGUGGCGGGCGUGGUGGCUGGCAUCGUGCUGAUCGGCCUUGCGCUGCUGCUCAUCUGGAAGCUGCUCAUGAUCAUCCAUGAUCGCCGGGAGUUCGCUAGGUUCGAAAAGGAGAAGAUGAACGCCAAGUGGGACACGGGCGAGAACCCCAUUUACAAAAGCGCGGUGACGACUGUGGUCAAUCCCAAAUACGAGGGCAAGUGAUGCCCCCAGGGCCCUCUUUACAACACUGUAUGCAAAAUAAUUAAGGGUGCGAUUAUGAGUCACGGUGGGACUGAAUGC